GCGAGGAACCUGGAUUGUUGGAGGAAGUGUCCAAGUUUACGUCAUGUGCCCAGUAAACAACUCGAAGAUCUCCGGUCACUUAAGCUAAUGCUUGUUUCUAUAUUGGGUUAAUUCUCAAUUCUGAAGGAUUUAUAACUUCAGAAUUUAGAGCGGGAGAUAGAAUAAGACUGACGCGUAGUAGGAAGGAUUGCCGCAUGAAAAUUGUUUUUUAUGUAUAGUAAAUACUGUCUUAUUUAAUCAUUUUUUAGUGCUUUACAUACCAACGAGGAAAUUAUAAACGAAUCAAUUUAGUUCAUAUAUAGAAGAUAUAGAUCUCUUUCUACUCUUUUGCCUGUCAUUAUUAGGAGAGCAAUAAAGAUAUAUUUAUUAAACCUGAAAGAUUUUUGCCCCCAAAUGAGCAUCCUAGAUCUAUCUCCAGUUAUUAUGAUUUUGACUAGAGUAAACGAGAAGACGGGAAGUUGUCGAUCUCUUGAUCAAGCAGCCAACAGUUGCAUGUAUUUUGAUAUACAAAUCCAAAGGUCUGACAGCUGUCGGUUAGUGUCCUGAAAAUCUAAGUCGCGAUACUGCUUGUUCAGGGUUGGAAAUGAGUCACAAGGAACGCAAUUAAAGCACGUUAGCCUGAGGCUCACAUUCCCGGCAGCCACGAAAACCAGGUGGAGUCUUGUUGCUGCCAGUGGGCAAGAGAGAUGGGGAAGAGACGGGGAAGAGAAGCGUGAACUCUCUUAUCUAAGGCUGUUAAGAGUGGCUGCACAAUAAGCAAACGCAGAGCCACCUUCCACUGCCUUGAGCGCCACAAAAAACCAAACCAUCCCCUAAAACUCCAAUACCGUUGGGAGGAGGAAAGUGCCAAGGCGAAAACGAAGGACCUGACUAGGAAAGGAGGAGAAGCAGAAGCGAGGCCAAGAAAUGUCUUCAGUAAAAGAAGACAACCGUUUGAAGAAGGUAAACAUGUCAAACCUUUUACACCAGAGAAAGCAAAAGAAAUCAUAAUGUGUUUACAACAACCUGCAGUCUUCUAUAACAUGGUUUUUGAUUGGCCGGCACAACACUGGACUGCAAAACAUCUUUCUGAGGUCCUUCACGGCAAGCAGAUACGAUUUAGGAUGGGAACGAAAAGCACGGACACAGCUCCUCAGUUUGAAACUGCAUGUAAUUAUGUAGAAGCUACACUUGAAGAGUUUCUUUCCUGGAACUCUGACCAGUCUAGUAUUUCUGGAGCAUUUAGAGACUAUGAUCAUUCCAAAUUCUGGGCUUAUGCUGACUAUAAAUAUUUUGUCAGUUUAUUUGAAGACAAGACAGAUAUUUUCCAGGAUGUGAUAUGGUCUGACUUUGGGUUUCCUGGAAGAAAUGGACAGGAGAGUACAUUGUGGAUCGGCUCCCUGGGGGCCCAUACACCCUGUCAUAUGGACACCUACGGUUGCAACUUAGUAUUCCAGGUACAAGGAAGGAAAAGAUGGCAUCUCUUUCCUCCUGAAGAUACUCCUUUCCUUUAUCCAACUAGAAUCCCUUAUGAAGAAUCCAGUGUGUUCAGUAAAAUCAAUGUUGUCAAUCCUGAUUUAAAACGUUUUCCUCAGUUCCGGAAAGCUCGAAGACAUAUGGUCACGCUGAGCCCAGGACAGGUUCUGUUUGUUCCCAGACACUGGUGGCAUUAUGUGGAAUCCAUUGAUCCUGUCACUGUCAGCAUAAACUCGUGGAUUGAGCUGGAAGAGGACCACCAAGCCCGGGUAGAAGAGGCAAUCACCCGCAUGCUUGUGUGUGCCCUGAAAACUGCAGAGAAUCCACACAAUACCAGAGCUUGGUUAAACCCAACUGAGCUUGAGGAAACAUCCCAUGAAGUCAAUUGUCAUUACUUAAAUGGGGCCAUCUCUGCUUUUUUUAAUCAUUAUGGAACAUCUGAAGUAGUAGAAACCCAAGCACUGAGAACCAACAGAGAGUACACAAUAAAGGAGGAGUUAAACAUGCACAGCCACGUGGGGGUAGAACAAGCUGGUGGCCACAACUUAAGCUCAGAAACAGUGAAACAGGAGGCAAGUCCUUUUGGCCUUGAUCUGGUACCUGUCACACCAAGUGCCGAAGAACCAUCCUCAGAAAGAGGAGGCAUAUUUGAAAACAAUAGUGAAGACUUUGUCAGCAAAAAUGGAAAAUCCUUUGGAAAACUGCCUAAUACCAAGAGGCAACGAAUGAUGAGUGAGAGUGAGAAUGCAGUUGUGGAACCGAUUGCUUCAGAUAGGACUGUGGCCCUUUCCCAAACAUUCGUUUCUACAGAUGACUUGCUGGACUGCUUGGUGAAUCCACAGGUAACCAGGAUAGUGGCACAACUUCUGAUUCAAGGAAGAAGUACGUGAUUCUGAUAGAAAAUGAUUUUCUAAAUACUGUUUUAAGAAUAUCUUUAAAAUAAUGUAGUUUUUAAAUAAAAGAUGAACCAGCAAAAGUUCAGUUUGCACGUGCUUAAAAUGUACUGUUCUCACCUAAUUAAAUUUUAGUCUCUUGCCACCUUCUGGCAUACA